AUGUCGCUGCCUGUGGAAAUCAAAAUCACUGCCGCCUCUCCAACGCCAGAGCAAGACACAGAGAUGAGGGAGACUGUGUGGCCGUCUCCAGACCAGGCUUCUCCCACCAUAAAGCACAAGUUCAAGUUUUCAUUUGAUGUGGGAAAUGAGCCACCCCAAAUUGUGGCAGAAGCCCCAGCACACCUUCAUUGCCAUGAAGGGGAGUCAGUGGUGUUGGAGUGUGCUGUGUCUGGGCAGCCCCCACUAGCUGUGGCCUGGUCCCUGAAUGGCCAGAGCCUCUCUUCCAGUGAGAGGCUGAGGUUUGAGGAAGGCAAGAAUGGCAUGUAUCGCUUACAUAUCCAAGGGGUCUCUGUCACUGAUGCUGGGCUGUAUUGUUGUGUGGCUGAGAAUGUGGCCGGAGCAGCACAGACUGCCUCUGAGCUGACAGUGGAGCCCAGUGCACCCAGGUUGUAUAGCAAGGAUGGAGGCACUGAGGAACUGCCUGCCGUGGACCAUGUUCUGCAUCUCCAAGGUCUCAGCACACUUGGAAAAGAUGAAGAGAAACAGAUCACAUGCUCCAAGGAGGAGGAAGUUCACCUGCCCUGCUCCCUGAGGCUGUCUCCAUCUUCUGGUGAGAAGUUGGGAGACGAGUCUGAGAAAACUACUCACUACAGGGAAAGUGAGAUGGAGGAAACGAUGGUGCUGGAUGUCAUGGAAGAUUAUGCAAGGCAAGAAAUGGGUUAUACAGAAGGAAGUGUGAGAGAUACAGAUCGUAUUUCUGAGAUGAGGCAGCACAGUGGAAAAGCUGUGUCCGAGGAACACAGCUUUGCAAUUGAUGCCACUGAGCUGCACCCCAGCGUGGCAAGGGAAGAGCAUGAACUGGUGGCCAAGGACUCAGGUCACUUUUCAGAAGAACUGGAGACUGAAGGAGAGAAGGUGGCAACACAUACAGAUACUCUGUCCUGGGACAUCUUGAAGUCACCAUUUAUGGAAAUGAAAGGGCAAACUCAUGCCUCUGAGCAGUCUGCUCUGGCAAGGGAGUGUAAAGAUUCACAAUUUUUCAUUCCUACGUCACCUGUGGUGCAGGAGGGGAGUGAUGUUUACAUGGAGGAGAAUGGUGCCCCUGCCUGUGAGGCAAUGUCUCCUGGUGUGCCUGUUGUAGAAGAGCCAAGUGUGACCCACCUGCAGGACAACAUUGCAAACACACCUGCAAAGGAGCAGUUUGGCUUUUGUGGCUUUGGUACAGAAGAGCAGCAGGAGGAACAGGCCAAGGAGCAAGAGAGACAGGUUGAUAUUGAACAGGACACUGAGGUUGAUUAUCAUCUUUCUAAAGAAGAAAUGACUGAUGCUGGGGAUGCCACACACUGGGAAAUGCACAAUGAUGGACAAAUGCUGCAAGAAAUGGAGUGUGACACAGGCAACUCUUCUUUAGAUCUAAUCCUCACUCCUCCUGGAAUAGAAAAUUCAGGUCAGGAUUUUACUGAGGAAGUUGAGGUUCACCUAGAAGAAGUGCAUUUCAGAGAGCAGCUGUUGCCAUCUGAAAUGGAUGAGACCAAUAUCACACUUGAUCUGAAGAAGUUUGUGGAGCCUUUGCCAGCUGCAGAUACUAUGGACACAGAACAGGCAGAAGCCCCCACAGCUCUGGAGAGCGUGGAGGCAGGGGUGACUGUGCUUAUCUCCCCGUUGCACCAAGGUGAUGUACUUGUGGAAGAGACGUCUCUGAGUGAGGAGCUGCAUCAGAGCUACAGGAUGCAGCAGGAGGAGGUUGGUGCCCAGAAAGAGACACAAUCAAGAGAAAUCAGAAGGGCUGAUUUGCAUAUCCCUAAUGGGGACCUUGGCAGCAUCAUGAAAUCUGCUGAAGAGGGAUCUUGUGCUAAAGAAAUUAAUGAGUCAGAGGUGAGUGUCUGUGGGGAGGAUUCACUUGAGGGACAAAUUAAUAGUUUUCUGCUGGAGUCUACAGCAGAUUUCCAAAGAGGAGCGCAGGAAGCACGUGUGUGGGAGAGUGGGGAACAACUGGAGACCACAGACUCCCAGAGUAACAGCUUCAUCAUUGACUUGAAAAAAGCUGCAACUGAAAAGAAACCCCAGGCUGGGCAUCAGGCUGAGGAGGAAGAAGGUUCUGGGAUAGAAAAGGUCUUUGAGACAGGAAUGAGAAGUUCCACCUGUGGGAGAGAAAGCACAGAUUCCCCCGAGGAGAUGCUCAGGGACACCCAACAGGAACGAAACACAACCAAGGGCUUCUCUUUUGGGCAACUCUUACUUGGUUUAAUAACGGAUGAUCCUGUGGCACAGAAGGAGCAAAGGAAGGAGUCUUUGGGCAAGAAGAGGACUCCCACUGAGGAAGCCUCUGAGAAUAGCCUGGAUGGAGAAAGACUGCAGGAGGAUAUUUCUGCAGGUCCAGAGCCCAGUGCUGUUCAAGCCUCAGAGCUGGAGCCUGACUUGUCCCUGGCCAAGUAUUUAAGGACAACUGGGACACAGGAAACUCCAGAUCUCAAAGGGACAGUUCAGAAGGAGCAGCGAGAGACCAUCACUUUACUGGAAGUAGAGGAGGUUACCUUCAGCAUGGUUUACAACUUGGAAUUUGCCCGGCCCUUCUCUCCUGAGUCGGAAAUGUCUAUAGAGCUGGAGAGCAGGAGCGGAGAGGAGUCACCUGACUCAGACCGCUUCUACACACCUCCCUCCUCAGUGGAGAUCUUUGAAACUGCUUCAUCAGCAUCCUACCACACACCACUCAGCACACCUGAGCGCUACUCCACACCAUCUGAGGGCUCAGGAUACAGCACACCACCUGAGCGCUACUCCACACCAUCAGAAGGCUCAGGGUACGGCACACCACCUGAGCACUACUCCACACCGUCGGAAGGCUCAGGGUACAGCACACCCCCUGAGCACUACUCCACACCCUCGGAGGGUUCAAAGUGCAACACACCCUCAGAGCGCUACUUCACACCAUUCGAGGGACCUCGCUCUGCAUCAGGGGACAGCACGCCACCAGAGCGCUACCGGACACCUACUGGGGAGUAUAUGGAUGCCCUGACCAUGCUCCCCCUUUGUGAGAGGAGGGAACAGACUCCAGAUCAGCCACAGACUGAGGUGUUUAGGACCCCCCGUGAAGCCCUGGAGCCAUCAGGCAGGGAGAUGCCACCUGCAUUCCUCAAGGCAUUGAGCAGGAAGAGGCUGUAUGAAGGCAGCACGCUGAGCUUGGUGGCUGAGGUGGUGGGUGUACCCAAGCCAGGGGUGAAGUGGUAUCAUAAUAAAUCUCUGUUGGAGCUGGAUGAGAGAGUGCGGAUAGAGAAGGAUGGGGACAAAUGCGUGCUGGAGAUCACUAACAUCCAGAAAGCAGAUGGAGGACAGUAUCUGUGCCAUGCAGUGAACAUUGUUGGGGAAGCUAAAAGUAUUGCGCAGGUGGAAGUUUUGUCUGCAGAUGGGCGGUCACUAGCACUACCACCCCCUGUCACCCACCAGCAUGUUAUACACUUUGACCUGGAGCAAAACACAUCUUCAAGGUCACCUUCACCACAGGAAAUCCUCCUGGAAGUAGAGCUGGAUGAAAAUGAGGUGAAGGAGUUUGAGAAGCAGGUCAAAAUCAUAACCAGCCCUGAGUUUAGCCCAGAUAAGAAGAGCAUGGUGGUUUCCCUGGAUGUCCUUCCUCUUGCCUUGUUGGAGCAAGCUGCAGGCUUGGCUGCAGAGGAGAAUGAGGAUAUAAAAAUUGAUUUCCAAGUAACUGAAAUGCCUCCUCGCUUUGCUGUGCCCUUUGCAGAUGUUGAGGUGAUAGAAGGCUUGGAAGCAGUGUUUGAGUGUGUGGUAACAGGUACUCCUGUCCCAGUAGUGCAGUGGUUCAGAGGUGAAACCUGUGUGACAUCUGCCACAGGGAAGUACGUUGUGAGUCAGAAGGAGGGACUUCACAGUCUGAAGGUCCAAGAUGUAGGUCCUUCUGAUGGUGGCUGGUAUCAUUGUCGAGCAAUGAAUAGGCUGGGAGAAGCAGUGUGCAAAGGCUCCCUUGUAGUCGUGGCUCAGCAGGAGGCAAGUGCUAAGGCAAGUGGUGAGACAGUCACGGGCAGUGAGCCACACAGGCCCCAGAAGUGUGACUUGCUUUUGAGUAAGACUGUGAGCCCAAGUGACCAGUCUGAAAUAGAGCUGGAGUUUGAGUUCAAGCCGCACAGUGAUGACUCAGAGAAAGCAAUUGGACUGUUUGCAGUGACUCAGCAAGAGGAGGAAGUGGAAGGGGAGAAGUGUGUCAACAUUAGUUUUGACGUGUUUGCGGAACCAUCCCAAGAGGAACGGGUUGAGUUUAGGGCAGAGGACUCAGAGAGCUGCAGCUUUGAGUUCCAGGUCACAGAAGCCCCUCCUAAAUUUCUGAGGCUCAUUUCUGACUACAGUACAUUUGUAGGUGCCUCAGCAUGCUUCCAGUGUCUUGUGACUGGUUCCCCUCACCCAAGUGUCCGCUGGUACAAGGAUGGGGUGUUGUUGGAAGGGGACAGGUUCUCUGCACAGGAAGAGCAGGGGGGGUCUCAUAGCCUUACUAUUGAAAACUUGAUGCAAAGUGACGGUGGGCAGUACAAAUGUAUAGCUAGUAACAGGGCAGGAACUGCUGAGACUUGUGCUGUGUUAACAUUAUACUAA